GUGCGCAGCUGGGCCGGUAUUUAUAAAAGAUAUUAAGUCGGUUUUCAAUUGAAGUCAUUUUUUUCAUAGAUUUUAAUAAAAGUGCUUUUUGAAAUUAUAAAGCUAUAGUUUGAAAUGACCAGUGAGACACUAAAUUUAAGAAUUUGACUUAAGUUAGGAAAUGACUUUAGAUGUUUUAUAAAUACCGGCCUUCAUCUGUUCCAAUGCCAAGUUGUGGAAUUAUUACGGUUUUAAUAUUAUUUUAACUUGAUCUUACUUCAAUUGGGAAAUAGCUAUGCAUAUAUUUAAUAACUAAUCACGCUUGAACCACUUCUUAGGAUAAAUUUUGUUAUGAAAAUAUAGUAGUUUAGCUUCUGGAAAAUGGCAAGAUGGGAAAGUCUAGACUACCUCGAUGGAUUAUCGUUAUAAUAUCGGAAGUUUCCGCUCGGCUACGAUGAGUUCCUUAUAUGAAUUAAAAUGGCCAAUGAAUUUCUUGUCGCCAAAUGGAAACUCUGGUACAAAUCCCUGGAUGUGAACCAUGACGGGAAAAUCUCAAUCGAAGAUGUAGAGGAAUCAAGGAGCAAGUUUUCUGACCUGCACAACCUUGAUGCAGAUAAAGCCAAGACCGUCCAGGACAACUUCACAAAAUGGUGGAACGAUUUUGUCUUCCGCGGCAGGACUGGCGAGAUCGAAGAAGCGGAGUUUAUUGAUUCGCUCAACAAGGACUUCACCACUGACAAGGUCAAAUUCAUUGAAGGAAUGACCACCUGCUUCAACACCUUCUUUGAUGUGAUCGAUACCAACAAAGAUAGGUCCAUCUCCGAAGACGAGUUUCUUAUUGCCUUCAAGGCUUACGGGCAUGAAAAUGUAGUUCUAGAUACCAAAUUCUUUCAAGCCUACAACCCGAAGGACGGACUCGUAUCUCUUCGUCAGAUUGUUGAUUCCUGGAUCGAAUUUGUCACCAGUGAGGAUGCGAGCAAAGGCAGCAUUGUCAAGGCCGCCUUUGAGUCCGGUGUAUAAACCAAGAGAAUAAGACAAUUUGCUCAUAAGAUUUCAGUUAACACAGUUUUUGAUUGUUCGUGCAUGGUUGGUGGGUUUAAAAGUUGUUGUAAUUUGAAAGCGUUUGUGCUGGUAGCUGCUUUAUUGUAAUGACUGUUUGUCCCUUUGGACAUUUGAGCAUUUUCACACAAAUUAUAAUAUAAAUAAAAUAGGCAGUACGCCGAUAAUAUUAUGCAAUCAGUAUCAUAAAGGAGACUAUAUGCGCGGGACUCGGGUUUGUAAUUCAGAAAAUUGCUCGGUGUUCAGGGAAACAGUGUGUCAGGAAUGAACAUCAGAAAAUCGUCAGGAUCAAUUUAUCUUUCAUGUUGAUUUGUGUUUCUUAGAUUACUUGUUUCGAUGUUAAUAAAGUAUCCCAAAAUGUUA